CUUACUAAGUUCGCAUACUUUAUUCUCUAUAAAAAAUUAAAUACUAUAAAAGACUUAGUAUACGUAUUUACUAAGGUUAUACUUUUAAACUAUAAUUUACUAAAAGAAAUCAUCUCUAAUAAAAAUAAGCUAUUUAUUUUAAAAUUUUAA